AUGGACAACUCGGUGAUCCGAUGGCACGACCUGCAGAGGUUCCAGCGAGACAGCUCCAUCGACAAGCCCUACGAGGGGAAGAACAUGUUCGUCAUGUCCUUCAUAUUCCUUGGGGACCACGAACAACUCACGGACAUCAAGCAGCCAUGGCCCAACCCCAUCGUGUUCUACGACCCCCCCGCGGAGGGCAACAUCAACCUCGCCAUCGACCCCGACAAUCUCUACAGCACGGUCAAGCCGGAGAUGCGGGUGCUCAACCGCGAGCCCUACAGGGACCAGUACCACCGCUACCUCUCCGUCCUCCCCAACUUCAACCAACUCCACGCGAUCCGCAAGGUGGCGGGGCAGCAGACCGUCCAGAACGAGACCAACGUCUGCGCCAUGAGCUUCCAUGGAGACAUGCUCACCUGCACCGCCGGAGGGGCGGAGAUCUCCAGGGUCGUGGGAUCGGGGCACCUUGAGCACUCCUUCGUGGGGGUCGCGAGCGUGAGGGAGGGCAAGGGGCUCAGGCCCGUCGGGCAGCCAAGCCUUACGACGAUGAUUUAA